AGCGGGGAGCGCACUGCCGGAGCUGCUGGUAGAGAGGGGGAGUGAGGGCGAGAGAGAGAGAGGGGAGAGAGACAUUCGUUCAGCACAGAGAGAGAAAGAGAGAGAGAGAGAGAAGGAGGGGGGGAGACAUAGACGCGUGUUGGAGCAGAGGAGAGCUCAGUUUGGAUGAGGAGCAGAGCGGAGAGGCUGCACAUUCAUUUUCUCCCGAUCAGCUUUUACGCACGCACACCGGUGCUGCUGCCGCCUCCUCCGGGACACCUCCGCCUGCGUCCCUGGCGCAAGAGACGGACAUUAUCCCCACAGGGCAGUCGAUGGGACGACAUUUUGCGUUUAUUUUAAUCACAGGUGCUUUUACCAAGUAGACGCGGAAUUUGGAGAUUGAGCCACAGGAGAAGAUCUGGGAAUAUCGAAACAAACAGGGAAAGAGGCGUGGGACAUUUUCUUUCCUCCUUUAUUUGCCAAAACUUAGUUUUUCUUCUGAUGGUUCCCGGUGACUCCAACAAGUAAUUUUUUUUUUUACUUUGUUUGAAUUUUGUCAUUUCCCUCUCAGCCGUGUCAGGUCUGUGUCCCCACGCGCGUCUUGCCUGAGACACGGACCCGGUGCUGUCGGCUGUGAGCACCGACAUGGAUUUCGCGACUUUAAAAACGUGUUUACCGGACGAGCUGCGCUGACCUCAGGCCAGUUUCCUCGACAGAAGACGCGGUGCCAAACACACGGACACAGCCUAAACGAGCAUUACAGUUUCAUCCACUUUGAUAUUGUUGGAGAGGAGAAUCCACGCAUUCGUGGAGGAGUUUGGGCACCGGUUGUGUUGCGCACUAGAGAAAUAGAAAACUGUGGGAAAGGGAGACUGUUGGUUCACAAACUUCUCACAUAUUAAAACCAUAGAAGAAGAUACGAAGUGACUUUUUCUUUCCCACACGUCAGAGGAGAGAAGAUGGAUUUACUCAUAUGGCUCUGUGGAUGUUUACUGGCUUUUCUUUCGCCUUCAGUCAGAGCAGAAGAAGGAGCGUCUGAGCCGUGCGGCGGCUUCCUGGACGCCAGCGAUGCCGGAUACAUCACCACACCUGGCUACCCGCUGGAGUACCCCCCCCACCAGAACUGCCGCUGGGUCAUCACGGCCCCCGAGCCUUCGCAACGCAUUGUCCUCAACUUCAACCCGCACUUUGAGAUCGAGAAGCUGGACUGCAGGUAUGACUACGUAGAGAUCCACGAUGGAAACUCAGAGUCCGCUGACCUACUGGGGAAGCACUGCAGCAACAUCGCCCCCGCACCAAUCAUAUCGUCCGGCCCCUCGCUCCACAUCAAGUUCGUAUCGGACUACGCCCACCAGGGGGCAGGCUUCUCGCUGCGCUACGAAAUCUUCAAAACAGGUUCAGACUGUUCCCGUAACUUCACCAGCCCCUCGGGUCUCAUCGAGUCUCCGGGCUUCCCCGACAAAUACCCGCACAACCUGGAGUGCUCCUUCAUCAUUGUUGUCCCUCCCAGCAUGGACGUCACCCUCAGCUUCCUCACCUUUGACCUGGAGAACGACCCCCUGCCGGGCGGAGAGGGGGACUGCAAAUACGACUGGCUUGAGGUCUGGGACGGGCUCCCUGGAGUGGGCCCUCUGAUUGGCCGUUACUGUGGGACCAGGGUGCCUCCCGAGAUCCAAUCAUCUACCGGGAUUCUCUCGCUGGCCUUCCACACUGACAUGGCCGUGGCCAAAGACGGCUUCUCGGCCCGAUACAACAUGACGCACAAGGAAGUCAGUGAGAAUUUCCACUGUAGCAACGCCUUCGGUAUGGAGUCGGGAAAGAUAACAGACGACCAGAUCACGGCCUCGUCCAGUUUCUAUGAUGAGCACUGGCUGCCGCGACAGGCCCGACUCAACUACCACGACAACGGAUGGACGCCCAACGAGGACAGCAACAAGGAAUACGUUCAGGUGGAUCUCCACACUCUGAAGGUGCUGACCGGCAUCGCCACGCAGGGCGCCAUUUCGAAGGAAACUGAAAAGGCGUACCACGUCACCACCUUUAAGCUGGAGGUCAGCACCAACGGGGAGGACUGGAUGGUCUACAGACAUGGCAAGAAUCACAAGGUUUUCCAUGCCAACGUGGAUGCCACAGAGGUGGUCCUCAAUCGGAUCCCUCAGCCGGUCCUGGCCCGCUUCGUGCGAGUCCGACCUCAGACCUGGAAGAACGGCAUCGCGCUGCGCUUCGAGCUGUACGGCUGUCAGAUCACCGAUGCUCCCUGCUCAGAGCUACAGGGCAUGUUGUCUGGGCUGCUGCCAGACUCCCAGAUCUCGGCCUCCUCCAUGAGGGACAUCCACGGCUCCAUGGGUGCAGCCCGACUGGUGGCCAGUCGGUCCGGCUGGUUCCCCAACCCGACACAGCCUAUCGCUGGAGAAGAGUGGCUCCAGGUGGACCUGGGUGUGCCCAAGAUGGUGCGAGGCAUUAUUACCCAGGGUGCAAGAGGGCUGGAGGGCAGCACCAGUGCCGAGAACAGGGCAUUCGUCAGGAAGUACAAACUGGCGCACAGCUUGAACGGCAAAGACUGGACAUCCAUCACUGACAGCAAGACUGGGUUCGCCAAGAUUUUCGAAGGCAACGGCCACUACGACACUCCGGAGGUGCGGAGGUUCGAGGAGAUAGUGGCCCAGUUCAUCAGAGUGUUUCCGGAGAGGUGGUCGCCCGCUGGGAUCGGCAUGAGGAUGGAGGUCCUCGGCUGUGAACUGCCAGAGUCCACCACUGUACCUGACACAAUGACCCCCACUGUGCCCAGAGUGGAAAUGACCACUGCUGCAAUGAGAUCUGCCACCACUCCAUCGCUGUCGGCCGUCUGUGACUUUGAGCAGAGCUUGUGCGGCUGGUCGGCUGAUCCCCAGUCAGGUGUGAGCUGGUCCCUGCACACAGCCGGCAGCAGCUCAACAGGACACGACACACACGAGACCCGGCAGGAUCUGGCACUGGGAUCAGACAAUUUUUCAGGGAACUACCUCCACAUGGACGCCGGCGCCCACACCCAGCGCAAGCGAGCGCGGCUGCUGAGCCCCGAGGUGGGCCCCGAGCGAGGCCCGCUCUGCCUCCUCUUCUACUACCAACUCCAGGGGGAGGCGCAGGGGAGCCUGAGGGUCCUGCUGAGGGACAACGACCAGGAGGAGACGCUGCUGUGGGCGCUCAAGGGAGACCAGGGGCCACACUGGAGGGAGGGCCGCACCAUCCUGCCCCAGAGCCCCAAAGAGUAUCAAGUGGUGUUUGAAGGUUUUUUCGAUCACUCGACCCGAGGCCACAUCAGAAUAGACAACAUCCACAUGAGCAGCAGCAUGGAGCUGGAGCAGUGCACACAGCCUUUCCCUGCCUUAACUCCUGGAAUAAACAACCCCAGACCCAUGGAUUUCGGAAAAGAUCCUGUUUACAACGGCAAGCACCCAAUCAAUGGCGAAUACCUCUUCCCCGGGUGGCCAUCCUCCUUCUCCACCCCCUCCUCCUCUGACAUGGACCACCCCUCCGUCACCCUGGUGUCGGAGAAGGAUAAGGACAACGCCUGGCUGUACACGCUGGACCCCAUCCUCCUCACCAUCAUCGUGAUGAGCUCCCUGGGCGUCCUGCUGGGGGCCGUGUGCGCCGGCCUGCUCCUCUACUGCACGUGCUCCUACAGCGGGCUCUCCUCGCGCUCCUCCACCACGCUGGAGAACUACAACUUCGAGCUGUACGACGGCAUCAAGCAUAAAGUCAAGAUCAACCAGCAGAGGUGCUGCUCAGAGGCGUGAAGAGAGGGAGGAGAACUCUGGAGAAAGACGGGGGAAGGACGUGUUCCAUGAUCCCUGUUUAGUUUGCGGUUCGGACUAAGAAAACACAAAAAAGAAGCACUACCUGCUAUUUCAAUCCCCAGAGUCCCCUCUCUUGUUACCUCCACUCUCUGAUGUCUAAAGGGGUGAGGUUCAUCCCCCACCUCCUUGUGUGCCAGGGGGAAACUUGUGAUCUUGAUUUCCCCUACCCACUAGGAGGCCUCGACCAGGGGAACAUCUGACCCCAGUCCUCCUCUACUUACAGCACCAUAUCUCCUACGCCUGCAGGAGAGAGCCUGCUCGAUUCUAAAAAGCCUGUGAAUGAAUGAAGGAAUGAAUAAAUGAAUAUGAAUGAAUAUAACCCGCAAGCCACUGGAAUCAAGCUGCGAACGGAGAAGGACCAGAGCACCCCGGGACAAUCUGGACAUUUGACAGAUGACAGCAGAUUCGGGGGUGAAAGUAUUGAUGAUUUUUACCCCUCGGCCGGAGGGCAACUCAAAUUGUGAGCUUCUGAAUGUGUCCAAUUAAGACUCAAUCAAAAAAACGUUGGCAAAGACUUCAGCAGCAGUGGACCGUUUAACAUGGGUACUUUGACUGAAAUCAACACAUAUCAAGUGAAUGCCUAACCCCCCCAUGCCCCCGCCCCCCCCCCCCCUACCUAAAGAAGUAUAAAAAGAUAUCAAAAAACACACAACUCUAAUGAAUCUAGAUUUCUAAAGGUGAAGAAGGAAACGAGGAUGAAAAAGGACAUUUUCAUUUUGUUUUUCAUUUUGUUUUCCCCAGAAGUUUUUCUAUAUAUAUAUAUAUACAUAUAUAUAUAUAUAUAUGAGUUCUGUCCAUUAGCCUGCCGUGCGGCACACGCUCGCUCCGUCGUCUGCCCUCGGCCUGCGCUUCGUGAAACCAGUGGCAUAGAAGAGUAACGGUGACUGUUUUGUUUUAGACUUGUGUUUGUUUCGGGAGAAAAAAGGUUAAAGGAAAAAGUCAGCUUCAGUUCGUAGCCGCCCUGUAGAGCUCUUAUGUCAUUUUUUAGACUUGCUUUAUCGUUGUGUUGGACUACAUGGUCUUAACUGUUACUUCAGCCCUUUUUCUAUUUUGGCACAUUUUCCACGACAGAUUAUGAGUCUUUAAGAAAAGAGAAAAGGUCAAAUGAGAAGGAGGACAGUGAAUUAGAGGUUUAUCUAAAUCUAACAUGCUGUUUAUGGAGUCGUGCUUUAGAUUCAGUAUUCUAGAGUUUGUCUUUGGUAUAUAUCUAUAUUUUUUGCUUUCCAGACUGUAUGAUGCCCAGAUGAUGGACAGACACUGUGCGAACAAAAUGUCAGUGAUUGUUUAACUGCAACCUAUGGAUUGCCAAAGAGCUGUGUACGUGCACAGGGGUCUGAACAAGUGUUAGAAAGAGGCCGGGUGGAAAAACGGACUGAUCAAUCACCCUGCCUUUUAUCCACCUCUCUUAAUGUCGCCCCGUGAAUGAAGGACGCCCAAAAAUGGAAGGAAGGAAGGAAGGAAGGACACAGUGACUAAAGGAGGAGAGUGGAAAUUGUACCGUCGACUUUCUUGGACACACAAUUGAGCCUUAAGCUAAUUACAGUAUACGCUGUAUCGGAGGACAGCCAUUGAGGAGGGCCAGUGCUGCUGGAGAGACUGAUGAACAGCAGGAGAUCACACACAAACACACACACACACACACACACACACACACACAUAAAUAAAGACAGUCAGAAAGAAAGAGAGAGAGAGAAAGGAAAAUGGGUACAUCCAGGAUUCAUUAUCGUUUAUACAGUUGCCUGCUGAGGAGAGAGGACCUAAGGAAAUAUUGAGAGUAAAAUAUGUUCAUAAGUUUCCUUGCAACGUUCUUGUUGUGGCAAAUGAAGCAGACUUUUCAUAGUCGUGUUUAGUCAACUAAAACUUAUUUGUAAAGUUCUCGAAAGAUCAUGUUUCUAAUUAAAAAAGAAAAGUCGAUAAGGCCGACUGAUUUAAAGUGAAAACUUCUGGCAUUAUACGUGAUUGCUUUGUGCAUUGGGCCAGCCGCCCUGAUCUGUAGAGUAUUUAUGUCACAUUAUCUGUGGCUAGUUGAAUUAAUGGGAGACUUUUGCAUUAUGAGCCCUAAUGGUCAACACAAAACAUGGAGACAAAGAAAAGCAGUAUAGGAAAACAUGUCCCACUUGUUGUAUCUUUGCCUGGAGCCCCACUCUUUCUUUUUAUCUUUCUCUCAUCUUUCCUCUGUCAAGGGUAUGUAUGGAUACAACCAGGAGGCCUAUUGAGAUAUUGAGAGGAAUUUGAAAGGUGGUCAGAGGAGAGAUGGAGGGAUGGAAACAGGAGAGAGAGAGGGAGAGAGAGAGAGAGAGACAGAAGGUUUUCAUGUCCAUCUAACUGUGUUUUCAUUGGACUUUUUUCCAAGUGCCUUGGAGCUCUCUUAUUGUCUCUCUCCAUCGCUCUCUCUCUCUCUCACCAGUUGUCUCUCGACUCAACUCUUUUUUAACAGUAAAGGCAGAUCAGAGAAUACAUUAUGAGACACACAAUCAUCUACACAAAGAACACUGCAUAUAUGCACAGCUCCUCUCUCUCUUUCUUUCUCUCUCUCUCUCUCUCUCUCUCUCUCUCGAUUUUAACUUAGUAUUACCUCUUCUCUCUCGAUGGAUUCUCACACACUCAUACACACACACACACACACACACACACACACACACACUCUACAUUAAGACAUAAUUACGGCACUGGCCAGAAAACUCAAACUGUUGUUUGUAGACUUUGUACAGAAGAAUUUCUUUUUUAAUGUUAUUAUUAUUAUUUAAUAAAGGCUAAAUAACAAAU